CUUCACCUCGAGCACCCGGAGCCAGACCUCCGAAGUUUAACACACCUCCGAAGUUCAGUUUCUCAACAGUCGAGCUACUGCACAAGAAUUCGGGACGCUUGGCCAAGUUGCCGCAGACUACCCCAAUAGCAACGGGAAACCCCCGGACGACCCUCCAUGAUUGGCCGAUGUGAGGAAAUGCGUACGUUUCAUUCCUUGCUGAUCUGAGCAUGCGGCCUCAACAACCCUUCCAGAUAGAAACCUCGCGCCUUCAACCUUCAGGAACUUUUAGGCGAAUUUAUAGACAUUCUCCCUUGCGCGCGACUGUGGAAGAGCAAUUACACGAUCUCGACUUGCGUCAGAAUUCAUCAUUGGUUCCACACCAGCUGAGACAUGCCCACAAGGUUCCACAUAGCAGCUCCCUUGGGCGCAACGGCCUGGAAACGACAGCCUUUCUCCACAUAACGAUACCAUUUCCCCGGAUCGUCGAUUCUGAAGAUCUGACGUCAUCUGCACGCGUGCGUUUCAUCAUGUUCGUUCCUCAAAUAAGCGUGCGAUGCUGUUUUGUGGAUCUUCUUGUGGGGUUGUACCGCUGUGCUGAUCGUAAUAAGUUCGCACGUCAGCAGCGCUUCGAACUGCGAAGCAACCGCACACAUGCCAUGCACCUGAUCCUGGUGUCAAAAGGGUGCUUUGGAGUAGCCUUGGGCACUGGGGCAGUGUUCUCGGGCCCUCGUUUCCAUUUGCACUGGGCCUUAGUCAGACGCCCUUGAACGAGCUGCGUUUGAUCUGGGUGUUGCAAUUAGAACUGGAUAGCAAUAUGUCUGAAGCAUUGCGGGCUCAUUCAGUGACAGGAGUCUACAUUGUCGGUUCGCUCUAUGCUAGAGUUUGUUCUCAUCACGACUUGCGCUUAUGGUAUUCACAAUUCUGCAACAGGACCACGACGAUUACCUCGUUUCUCGAUGACUUGUUGGGGCCAUAGCUAUGUUGAAGCCACCACUUCACUUCCAUAGAGAUUGUUCAUGUUAUAUUAUAAU